GUCACUGUCUAUUUCUCCAUGGAGGAGUGGGAGUAUAUAGAAGGACACAAGGAUCUGUACGAGGAUGUCAGAAUCAAUAAUGAAAAGACCCUCACAUCACCAGAGGUCUGUCCCGACAGCUCAGCUCACAGUAUCGCACAAGACACAUGUAAAGAGCAUGCCAAUGUUAAGCAGAAUAAAGAUCAUAAAAGGAUUAAAUGUCAAAGCAAUUACAAAAGGAAUAAGUCAUAUUCAUGUUCAGAAUGUGACGGAUGUUUCAGCCGUAAAACAAGUCUUGAAUUGCAUAAGAUGAUUCACACAGGGGAGAAGCCAUUUUCAUGCUUGGAAUGUGAUAAAAGUUACAGGAUUAAAUCGCAACUUAUUAUACAUCAGAGGACUCACACAGACGAGAGGCCAUUUUCAUGUUCAGAAUGUGAUAAAUCUUUUACCCUCAAGCAGCGUCUUGUUAAACAUCAACUAACUCACACAGGUGAGAAGGCAUUUUUAUGUUCAGAAUGUGGCAAACGUUUUACUCAGAAUUCAGAACUUCUUGACCACCUGAGGAGAGUUCACACAGGAAAUAAGCCAUUUUGUUGUUCAGAAUGUGGAAGAUCUUUUACCCGGAAAUCAGAACUUGGGAAACAUCUGAGAACUCACACAGGGGAGAAGCCAUUUUCAUGCUCAGAAUGUGAUAAAUCUUUUACCCUCAAGAAGAUUCUUGUUAAACAUCAACUAACUCACACAGGGGAGAAGCCAUUUUCAUGUGCAGAAUGUGGGAGAUGUUUUACUCGGAAAACACAUCUAGAUACACAUCAGCUAACUCACACAGGGGAGAAGCCAUUUUCAUGCUCAGAAUGUGAUAGGAGUUACAGGGUUAAAUCACAUCUUAUUGUACAUCAGAGGACUCACACAGACGAGAGGCCAUUUUCAUGUUCAGAAUGUGAUAAAUCUUUUACCCUCAAGCAGAUUCUUGUUAAACAUCAACUAACUCACACAGGGGAGAAGCCAUUUUCAUGUGCAGAAUGUGGGAAAUGUUUUACUCGGAAAACACAUCUAGAUACACAUCAGCUAACUCACACAGGGGAGAAGCCAUUUUCAUGUUCAGAAUGUGGGAAAAGUUUUAACAGUAAAUCAAAUCUUGUUACACAUCAGACCAUUCACAUAGGGAAGCCAUUUGUAUGUACUGUAUGUGGAAAGAGUUUUGGCCAAAAGUCAAAGCUUACUGUACAUCAAAAAAUUCACACAGGAGAAACAUUUUCAUGUCCAGAAUGUGGAAAGGUUUUUAGGAAAAAUUCAACUCUUAAGGCACAUGAAAGAAUGCACACAGGAGAAGCAUUUUCAUGUUCAGAAUGUGGGAAAUGUUUUAAGCUAAAAAGUGAACUUGUUAGCCAUCAGAGAAGUCACACAGGGGCAAAAUCAUUUUCGUGUUCGGAAUGUGGCAAGUGCUAUAAACGAAAAUCACACGUUGUUGAACAUCAAAAAAUUCACACAGGAGAGAAGCCAUUUUCUUGUUCAGAAUGUGGGAAAUGUUUUGUCCUGAAAUCAAAACGUAAUAGACAUCAGAAAAUUCAUCUACAAAUCAUUUCUUCUUAAAUAUUAAAAAACUCA